ACACCUACAAAAAUCAAUGCAAAACACGUUUAAAUAUUAAAUAUAAUACUGUGCAAAAGUUUACACAUUAGAUGCUUCACCAAAAAAUGCAGGACGUGCUGCCACUACUCGUAUGGAUUACACCUUUAUACUAAUAUUUUGACAUUUCCUACUGACACAUUAAAGCAAAAUUGUUUGAUCAAUUUUUUUAGCUAAGCAUCCGGUAUGCUUUUGCACAGUUAUGCAUAUGAGUACGAACGUAGUCCACUGUAAGUAAAAUUGCUUGAACUCCCGGCAAAGCAACAGGUAGUCUUGUCUCUUUUAUCUUUUAUCACCCAGAAAAUGAUCAAACAUAAUUUCAAACACCAUGUAUACUCUUCUAAAAUGUUGAUUUAAUUGAUCAAUAUGCUUCUGAUGCCACCGUUCAUUUAUUGUGGCUUUUAUUUCCUGUGUUUUUUACACACGGUGUGCUGAUCAAUUCGACCAGACCGAAUUCGAAACUAACACCUCAGAUUUAUAACGUAUGUGGAUACCAACGCCGUACAGAUCGCCAUGCAACGCGACGAAUCGUUUUGUUUUCGUCGGUUUAAAAAACGGAUUAAAUAUUCGUCGUUAUGUAAGACUAACGUUAGUUACUAUAAGCCUGGGGUAAAACCUGCCGAACGGGUCGAGCUCGACGGACUGCGAAUAAUAAAAUAAGAACUCAACACCAGCCGACACCAUUAUAUAUAAUCUGUACAUGAGCAAACAGUGUGUUAUUUAGAGCUGCUAUUAAAUAGGUCAGCGGCUGCUGUCUGGCUCUUUUGUAACGGUCGCUGUGUGUCAGUGUGUGUGAGAAUCACAGUUCACCUUACUUGAACUUGUGUGAUCUAGUUCACGGCAGUGAGAGGCUGCAGGUCCGGUCCGCUGGCUGUAGGGAGGAUUAACGGUUAUUCUUGACCAUAAAAAAACGAAACUGCGUUAAAAGACGCGGUGUACCGUCGCGUUUCUUUUUAGAUGGGAAGAUUGUGACAGUUGCGCUCGUCUGUGCGCGUGAAGCGGAGGAACGUAACGGUCGUUUGUAUUAUUUGAACCUCGCUGAAGUAUCCGCGCGACAGGCGUCCGCCUGACAUCCCUUCACUUUAACGGCAACUUAUAUAAUAAGAAAAACGGUCAUUACGGCUUAAAGUUACUCACCGAUAAGUUUCUCUCCUUUCUUUGUUUGUCUUUGACGUUUUCCGUGUCUGACGAGAACUAAAGGCAGCACUACGGAUCCAGAUGAAGAGACGUGGACGAAAAACGGGGCUAUUUCACUGUUGCUUGACAUGGUGAACAUUUCUCUCGGAGUCGGCCCAGAGAUGAAAUGUACAUCCACCUUUUACCGGGUUCGUGGAGCUAUUGGAGAGACCGAGAAGGGCUUUAAGACUCGAGUUUUACAGGAAUACAGGGCUGGUGAAGUGAGCAGAAAAGGCCUUCAGCACUUGUCCGGAAUGUUUCUGUCUACUGACGCCUGUCGAUAUAUAAGAUGGCAAACCCAGAAGGUGACUACCUACAUUUGAAGGAUCUCCGACUGAAGCUAUCAGACAGAGCAGACUGAUGAUUGAUUCAAAGCUCGCCGUGGUCCAGCGCCAUGGUAGAUAUGCCGAGUCUGUACAGUCCUUUAUCCCCGCUGGGCGAUACGAUGCUGGACAGCCCGUUAUGCGGAGAGCUCAUUGGUGACAUACAGGACCUAGAGGAGAUCUCUCAGUCUCUCAGUGAAGAUACGCUCAGCUCACUCCACGUACUGGAUUUCCAGAGCUCUGACACUGCUUUAGACAGCUCUACGGGUCUAGAUGUCUUAACUCCGGCUUCCAGUCCAGCCUCAGUCGUGUUAUCAACCAACCCUGCCCAGGAUGAAACCUCCGGCUCUCUCACCCUCGAGUGUCGGGUCUGCGCGGACCGUGCUUCGGGUUUCCACUACGGAGUGCAUGCCUGCGAAGGGUGCAAGGGGUUCUUCAGGAGAACCAUUCGACUCAAACUGGAGUACGACAAGUGUGCACGGAGGUGCAGGAUUCAGAAAAAGAACCGCAACAAGUGCCAGUAUUGCCGUUUCCAUAAGUGCCUUGCGGUGGGCAUGUCCCACAAUGCCAUACGUUUCGGGCGGAUGCCUCAGUCAGAGAAGCAGAGGCUGAGAGCCGAGCAGGUGAUCGACAGGGAGGAGGAACACGAGACUCGGCAGCCUGAUGCCAAGAGUCUGGUCAGGCUGAUUCAUGAAGCCUACCUCAAACACUUCCACAUGAACAAAGCCAAAGCCCGUAUCUAUCUCACGGGAAAGACCAGCACUCCGCCCUUUGUCAUCCAUGACCUAGACACCCUCCGGCACGGCGAGCAGACUCUGGUCUCCCAAUUGCUGGGUAACAUGACAAUCGGCGACACCUCAGAUCUGCAGGAAAGAGAUGUGGAAGCUCGGCUGUUUCUCUUCUGUCAGUACGCCUCGGUAGAGACGGUCACUGAGCUGACCGAGUUUGCCAAAGCCGUGCCUGGAUUUGCUGCCCUGGACCUCAAUGACCAGGUCACGCUGCUUAAGUACGGCGUGUACGAGGCACUUUUUACACUGUUGGCAUCUUGCAUGAACAAGGAUGGGCUGCUGGUGGCUCGUGGCGGUGGCUUUGUCACUCGGGAGUUUCUCAAGAGCCUGCGCAGACCCUUCAGUGACAUGAUGGAGCCUAAAUUUCAGUUCGCCAUGAAGUUCAAUGCUUUAGAGCUCGACGACAGCGACCUGGCGCUGUUUGUGGCUGCUAUUAUCUGCUGCGGAGACCGUCCGGGGCUGAGCAACGUGUCACAGAUCGAGAAAAUACAGGAGAGCAUAGUUCACGCUCUACAGCUCCACUUGUCGGCCAACCACCCUGAUAAUGCCUUAAUCUUUCCCAAGCUGCUACAGAAACUGGCCGACUUGCGUCAGCUUGUGACGGAACACGCGGAGCUGGUCCAGGAAAUCAAGAAUACGGAGGAUGCAUCGCUUCAUCCGCUGCUUCAGGAGAUCUAUAGAGAUAUGUACUGAGCACAGGAUCUCUUCCCCAUCCUGUGGUGAUGACUCGAUCUCAAGUUCUCAGGAACGCUCCUCUAUCGACGGGAUACGAGAUAAAAGAAAUCUUUGAGUAGGUGGAUUACAGACCUGCUUUCAGACAAUGAGGGUCUGGUGAGGAAGUCCUUGGGGUGCACAGCUGCUUUGCAUCAUGCACAGUGGAAACCUUCAUGGGUUUCUGCUCAUUAAUAAUGCACUGACGUUUAUAAGGACACUGCACGCGAUUUACUACUAGACGGCAUCCCAUAAUGCACGGGAAGCCCCCCUUAAGGUGUAGUUAAUGAAGAUUAACGCCAUAAAGUCAUGCACAUCACUGCCUCUAUCAAAUAAACCAGGUUUUAGAAACUGCUAGAAAAAACAUAGAGAGAUUUUCAGUGCUUCUUUUCUGAAAACUGUGCAGCUUGUUAUGUAAUGUAUAUGUGAUAUUUUAAUAUUAGAAUUUAAGAUGUAUAAAAAGCCAUGGAAAUCAUAUUGUUUGUUACCUCAUUUAAAAUGCUCAUCAUUUGUAAAAAUCUUUUGUAUAAAACACAUUAUUGUACACUGUAUAGCACUCCUGAUGUAAUAUUAUAGUACAAUAAUGGACUUAAAAAUGUAUUUUAGAAACUAAAAUUACUUUAUUAGACUAAUUUUAGACGACUAAAAGGUUAUAUUUGGGAUGAGUGUUUGCAUUUUCUUACUGUUUGUUUUGAUCAGGACAGUUUGGCUAUGACCACAUGCACAUCAGAUCUGUUUUUAGAAACUGCUUGAUUGGUAAACUACUGUAGAUUAUGAAUGUCUUUGUUGUUGAAUCAAGGAAAAUACUAUCUUACAUAUUUAACCUUUAGAGCAAACUUGUUGACACGUGCACUUUUGAUCAUCAUCGUUAUAAUGUAAUAAUUUCAUUUCUUAUAUUUCAUUAAAUUUAUAUUUUUUAAAACAUGGA